AUGAAUGUUAUGGUAAGUUUGUUUAUGCUUUUUUUAUAUUUAUUUUGUCUUUUAUUAUUUUUCUUCCAGAAUAAUAAUGGAAAAAAUAACUUCACAGAAAUAUGUAAAAGUGUAGAAAAUAAAAAUGAAUCGAGCGUAUACUGUAUGAAAAAUUAUAAAACAAAAAGUUCAAUAUAUAAAUAUAAACAUCUUAUGAACUUUUUUUUAGAUAAAUAUAAAUUAGAUAAUAAUAAAUUAGCAAUAGUCGAGAAUUCUUGCGGACAAGCAGAAAAUUCUAUAACAUAUGGAAAUUUUUUCAAAAAGGUAUUAUCGUUUAGUCAUUCUUUGAAUACAUAUAAUGGUACUGGCGUUCCAGAAAAAAUAUAUAAUGAAGAAAAGAAUAAUGGGAAAUUUCGAUUAUUAGGUUUAUAUGGUAAUAAUUCAACUAACUGGUUAAUUACCGAUUUUGCUUGUAUGAUGAGUGGCGUUACAACAUUAGUAAUUCAGUCGAAAUUUAGUAUAGAUAUAAUUAUAGAUAUAUUAAAUAGUUCAAAAUUAGAAUGGUUAUGUUUAGAUUUAGAUUUGAUUGAAGGAUUAUUGUGUCGUAAAAAUGAAUUGCCAUAUUUGAAAAAGCUCAUAAUCUUAGAUAACCUAUCUAAACGUAGUGAAAAAAUAAACUCACAAAAUGAAGAAAAAAGUAAUGGUUCAAGAAAAAGUAGUAAUAAAGCCAAUUAUAAUGAAUCUGGUAAGGGAGAAGAUAACAUUUUGGCUUCCUUAGAAUAUGAUAAGGAAAAAAUAGAAAAGAUUAGUUCAUUAAAAAAACAAGCUAAUAAGGUUGGUGUAAGUAUUAUCGUAUUUGAUAAUAUGACAGAGAAAGAAGUAACCAAUGUUACAAUUCAAAACGAAGAUCCCAAUUUUAUUUCCUCCAUUGUGUAUACAUCUGGAACUUCCGGAAAACCAAAAGGUGUUAUGUUAAGCAAUAAGAAUUUCUAUAAUAGUGUAAUACCUUUAUGUGAUAAUAAUAUAAUAAAAGAAUAUCAUAUAAAAACACAUUUAUCGUAUUUACCGAUGUCUCAUGUAUAUGAAAGAAUUCUUGUUUUAACGGCAUUAUUAUUGGGUGUAAAAAUUAAUAUAUGGAGUAGAGAUAUUAAAUAUCUGAAUAGUGAUAUAUGUAAUUCUAAUAGUGAAAUAAUAUUUGGGGUACCUAAGGUUUUUAGUAGAAUGUAUUCUAAUAUUAUGACAGAAGUAAAUAACUUAACAGGUUGCAAGAAAUUUAUAGCAAAACAAGCUAUAAAUUUACGUAAAGGAAAUAAUGAUGGAGCUUUUAGUAAGGUUGUUGAAGGUGUUACAUCUGUAUCAAGUAAAAUUAAGGAGAAGAUAAACCCUAAUAUGGAUGUUAUUUUGAAUGGUGGUGGGAAACUCUCUCCAGACGUUGCUGAGGGGUUAAGUGUUCUAUUAAAUGUUAAUUAUUAUCAAGGCUAUGGUUUAACAGAAUCUACUGGUCCCAUAUUUUUACAAGAUGUAGAAGAUAGUAACGCAGAAAGUAUGGGAGUAGCUGUUUCUCCUAGCACAAGAUACAAAGUAAGAACUUGGGAAAUUUAUACUGCUACAGAUACUGUACCAAAAGGAGAAUUAUUAAUUAAAAGUGAUUCUAUGUUUAGUGGGUACUUUUUAGAAAAGGAAUGUACAGAAAAUGCAUUCACAAAAGAUGGUUAUUUUAAAACAGGAGAUAUUGUACAAAUUAAUGAUAAUGGUUCUUUAACAUUUUUAGAUAGAUCAAAGGGUUUGGUUAAAUUAUCUCAAGGUGAAUACAUAGAAACCGAAAUGAUAAAUAAUUUGUAUUCACAGAUUCCAUUUGUAAAUUUUUGUGUCGCAUAUGGUGAUGAUUCUAUGGAUGGUCCAUUAGGCAUUCUUUCUGUGGACAAAUAUAAAUUAUUUAUAAGUUUAAAGAAUGAUAAUAUGUUAAAAAUAACUGGUUUAGAUGAGAAAAAUUUUUCAGAAAAAUUAAUUGAUGAAAUAUUAAAUGAGACUAUUUAUGUUGAUUAUGUAAAGGGGAAAAUGAUGGAAAUUUUUAAAAAAACUAAUUUAAAUAGAUACAAUGUUAUAAAUGACAUAUACUUGACUUCCAAACCAUGGGACACCAAAAAUUACCUAACUCCAACAUUGAAAAUAAGAAGAUUUAAUGUAUUUAAAGACUUUUCAUUUUUUAUAGAUGACGUUAAAAAGAAAUAUGAAGAAAAAUUAAAAGGAAGUAGCACGGGUAGUAUGAAUAGUGGUAAAAGUGAAAGUAAAGAUGAAAUUAAAAAUGGAAGUAAAGAUGAAAUUAAAAGUGGAAGUAAAAAUGAAAUUAAGAAAGGAAGUAAAGAUGAUAUUAAAAAUGGAAGUAAAGAUGAAAUUAAAAGUGGAAGUAAAAAUGAAAUUAAGA